AGGUUGAGGCCGCCGGGGCGGGGCUCAGCUUCAGUUAGCAGCAGGGAUGGCCGACCGUGCGGCGCUUGAGGAGCUGGUGCGACUUCAGGGAGAGCGCGUGCGAGGUCUCAAGCAGCAGAAGGCCAGCGCCGAACAGAUCGAAGAGGAGGUGGCGAAACUCCUGAAACUGAAGGCACAGCUGGGCCCUGAUGAGAGCAAACACAAAUUUAUGCUCAAAACUCCCAAGGGCACAAGAGACUACAGUCCCCGGCAGAUGGCAGUCCGGGAGAAGGUGUUUGAUGUCAUCAUCCGCUGCUUCAAGCGCCACGGUGCAGAAGUCAUUGAUACACCUGUGUUUGAACUAAAGGAAACACUGACCGGAAAGUAUGGCGAAGAUUCCAAACUUAUCUAUGACCUGAAGGACCAGGGUGGCGAGUUACUGUCCCUUCGCUAUGAUCUCACUGUUCCUUUUGCUCGGUAUUUGGCAAUGAAUAAACUGACCAACAUUAAACGCUACCACAUAGCAAAGGUAUAUCGACGGGAUAACCCAGCCAUGACCCGUGGCCGAUAUCGGGAAUUCUACCAGUGUGAUUUUGACAUUGCUGGGCAGUUUGACCCCAUGAUCCCUGAUGCAGAGUGCCUGAAGAUCAUGUGUGAGAUCCUGAGUUCACUUCAGAUAGGCGACUUCCUCGUCAAGGUUAAUGAUCGGCGCAUCCUAGAUGGAAUGUUUGCCAUCUGCGGUGUUCCUGAUAGCAAGUUCCGGACUAUCUGCUCCUCAGUAGACAAACUGGACAAGGUAUCCUGGGAGGAAGUGAAGAACGAGAUGGUGGGAGAGAAGGGCCUCGCACCCGAGGUGGCUGACCGCAUUGGUGACUACGUGCAGCAGCAUGGUGGAGUGUCUCUAGUAGAGCAGCUGCUCCAGGAUCCUAAGCUGUCUCAAAACAAACAGGCCAUGGAGGGCCUGGGAGACCUGAAGUUGCUGUUUGAGUAUCUGACCCUGUUUGGCAUUAAUGACAAAAUCUCGUUUGACCUAAGUCUCGCUCGAGGGCUAGACUACUAUACUGGAGUGAUCUAUGAGGCAGUGCUGCUGCAGACCCCAGCUCAAGCAGGGGACGAGCCCUUGGGCGUGGGCAGUGUGGCCGCUGGAGGGCGCUAUGAUGGGCUGGUGGGCAUGUUCGACCCCAAAGGGCGCAAGGUUCCAUGUGUGGGGCUCAGCAUUGGGGUGGAACGGAUCUUCUCCAUCGUGGAGCAGAGACUAGAGGCUUUAGAGGAGAAGGUACGGACCACAGAGACACAGGUCCUUGUGGCUUCUGCACAGAAGAAGCUCCUGGAGGAGAGACUGAAGCUUGUCUCUGAGCUGUGGGACGCUGGGAUCAAGGCCGAGCUACUCUACAAGAAGAACCCAAAGCUGCUGAACCAGUUGCAGUACUGUGAGGAGGCAGGCAUCCCUCUGGUGGCCAUCAUUGGCGAGCAGGAGCUCAAGGACGGGGUCAUCAAGCUCCGUUCAGUGGCUAGCAGGGAAGAGGUGGACGUCCGAAGGGAAGACCUGGUGGAGGAAAUUAAAAGGAGAACAGACCAGCCCCACUGCAUCUGCUGAAGGCAGCCGCCUGUCAGGAAAGGAAGUGCAACCGGCACCAUCGGAGGUGAAGACAAAACUGCACGUGCACCAAAACAGCUCUGGACGUUCCUGGCCCUGCAGGAAGACCUGAGAGUGGACUAAACAGAGACUUGUAUUAUGAUUUUACCCGUAGUCACUGGCAAAAAUGGGCAAGAACUCCAUCGCUUUCUCUAGAGGGCCGCAGCCGAUGAGUGCAGCAUGCACCCCUGGGCUACGGGCCCUGGGUCUGAGGUGCCCUCUGCGGGGGCAGAUUCGGCCCCAGUGCCAGUCGCCAAAGGUCCAAUAAAAUUGCCUCAACCACUGGAGCUUGCCUGCAUCUCUGAC